UUUUUCGAAUAAAAAAGAAAUAGUAAAAAAAAACGAAAUUUAACAGUUGGAUAAGAAGUAUCCGAAGAAAUCUCUGUUUUUUACAAUAAGAUAUUAAGCAUCUUGUGGUCUAGUUUCUGAACUGUAUGCGAUAUAAAAAUGCCAAAGUUCUACACUGAAUUUGAUGAGGGUUUGGGGAUUGACGUCCGGGACAGAGUUUGCCUGCAGAUUGGAUCGCCUGGUCCACAUUGUCUGCGUGAAGUAGCUAAAAUUAUGAAGGAAGCUACAGUGGAACAUUUCAGCGAUUCGAAUCCAAGAAAUGAGGAGAUUCUGCAAUAUGGAUGUUGUGGCGGAAAUUACGAUUUGAAAGAAGAAUUAGUGAAAUUUUUGUCGAGUAACUAUCGCAAUCCUGUUGAAAUUGAAGAUAUUUUCAUGCACAACGGUGUUAGUCAAGGACUUGCCAAUAUUUUGUACCAUUAUUUUCAACGAGGAGAAACAUUGUUUGUGGAAGAUCCGACUUACUGGAACUUACUAACAGACUUCAAUACGGGCAACUCCUCGUUUAAGAUGAAUGCGGUUGGCGUGGGUCUGGAUGAAAAUGGAAUUAAACUAACGGAACUCGAAGAACAUUUGAAAAAACUCGAAGCCCCCGAAAUUUCUGAAAGAUACCCGUACAAGGCUGCUUUAUACAUUAUACCAGUUCAUCAAAAUCCAUCGGGAACUAUUCUGUCUCAAGACAGGUGCGCGAAAUUGAUCAAGUUGGCCCGAAAAUAUGAUUUAUUGGUGAUAACGGAUGAUGUUUAUAGUGUAAUGACAUAUUCUGCACCCGACUCAGAUGAUCCGACGAAGGCAAAACCACCAAAUAGACUUUUCUGGCAUGACAAAAAAUCUGAUCCAGAUUAUAAAGGUAACGUCGUAUCAGCAUCAUCUUUCUCAAAGUUAGUCGCACCUGGAUUGCGUCUUGGAUGGUUUGAAAUGUCAAAGAAAAUGUAUCAAACGUUUGCGACAUUCUUUGUCACAGACAGUGGUAGCGGAUGGAAUCCAUAUACGAGUGGUAUCCUUGCACAGGCAUUUAAGUUAGGCCUUAUUCAAGAACAUGUCAAAAAAAUCAGACGAGAAUAUUGGAGGCUUUUCAAUCGGGUUCAUGACUUGGUGAAUGAUCGACUGAAAAGGUACGGCGUGUAUUGUAAUCUGCCCAAAGGUGGUCUUUUCAUGUGGAUUACUCUUCCACAAGGUUUUUCGACUACAAAGUUGUUAGAAAAUUGCGUCGAGGAACUUACCUUCAUUCCAGGAAAAAGAUGCUCAGUGUCAGGUAACCAUGAUAACUGUCUACGGCUUGCAGUUGCAUUUUACGAAGAGGGUGUUCUGUUUCCAGCAGUGUCGAAGUUGUGUGAUUAUAUAGAAAAGCUUGUGACAACAAAAGACUAAAUUCAUCAAUGCGGUGAAUGUUGAAUCUCUCCUAGCACGAGUUUUGAAUAGUUCAACUUGCCUGUUUAAUUGGUAUUUUGAAAAUUGACAUUUUUGAGCGAAAGAAUGAAGUUUCGUGAUUUCGAAUCUCAUGUAGGAAAUGGUAGUAUAAUAUAUCCAAUAAAAUUUGCUAAAUUCUGA